ACCUCUCACACGACCAAAAUUUGCACCCCUCCGGAGCCAUUUCGUGCAGGCUACGACCGCUGAUCGGCUGUGACGGUCAUACAGAGAUACUCACUCCUUGCUGCCUACUUACUCCAUCAACAUCGACGUAGGCUUGCUCUGCGCUGAGAGCCUUCCGAUCUUCACCUUAAUACCCCACCCCCGCCGCCCCUCCCUUCACCGUCUAUCCUGGUUGCGCCGAGCAUCACGCGGCACCCGAUACAGCAGCCUCGCCAUUCUGUCUCGUGCCUCUUUGACCUCGUUACCCUCUUCUUUGCGGGCACAAUCUUCAUUACAAUGGCGGGCUUGUUCCGAAGGAUGUAUGAUUGGUUGCUCAGGACGUUUUGGGCAACGGAAAUGGAUGUGACCAUGAUCGGACUGCAAGCGGCAGGCAAGACGUCUCUGCUGCGUGUCCUAGCUGGCGGCGAAUUCACGAUCGACUCGAUCCCGACGGUCGGAUUCAAUAUGAAGCGUGUGCAACGAGGACACGUCACACUCAAAUGCUGGGAUAUUGGUGGACAACCCCGUUUUCGGACCAUGUGGGAGAGGUACUGCCGAGGAGUGAACGCCAUCGUUUUCAUCGUCGACAUUGCCGAUGUAGAUCUGCUUCAGCAGGCCCGGGACGAACUCCAUGCGCUCAUGGAGCAGAACUCGUUGAAGGGCAUUCCCCUUCUCGUACUUGGCAACAAAUCUGAUCUGCCGAAUAAGCUGUCCGUUGAUGAGCUCAUCGAUGCUCUGGACCUCAAGACGAUCGGUCACCGCGAAGUCUGCUGUUACGGCAUCAGCGCCAAGGAGGAGACAAACUUGGAUGCUGUCAUUCAAUGGCUCAUGAAGUGGGCCAACAGGUGAAGUCACAAGCUGCGUGAUGCUUUUUGGGCGAUUGGCGGCUGCUGGCAGUGUAGGAGCUCAUUCGCACAGCAGGCUUCAAGCCGGCAUGCGUUGGAUGCCUGUUCCGGUUCGCUGAGUAGUCUGCCUGGUGUGUAAUGGCUCAAGACGUCAGGGAGACUUGGAGAGUCGGCAAGAUUCGCAGUUCAUGAAGGACUGCUUACGAUUCUUCCGCCAUGAACGAAGAGAAGGCCUUCAUCUCAACACGAUGUACGUUUGGAAAGACUGUAUAACCGCUCAGUCAUUGAAGGUUGGGUACAACAGUCUCGGAGGAGGAGAAAGCGUUGCGAAGCCUUUGUCGGAAGAAGAGCGGGGCAGACUAGGCUCAUGGUGUCUCGUCGUUACCGCGAGGUGUUUCAUUUUGUCCAGUAAAGGGCAAUGCGACAUUGCGUCGGGCAGCGAGGUAACACGGCCGAUUGGAACUGGGCGGCUGACCAGCAUACGUUAACGAUGGAUGACGACGAUGAUACGAACUUUCCAAUUUUUCAGAUGAGAAAAUAUGACCACCAUGAGCACAAGAG